AUGAAUAGACAAGAAUCAUCAUUUCAGUUUAUCUCUCUCAGUAUUCUUUUAUCUGUAGCUCUUAUUUCAUUCAUAUCUAUUAUGAUGAGCUUGCAACAUCGCUUCAUAAAGGAUGAAAGCGAACUUUAUCUUCCAGUUAUACCUACACGCUACGUUGUUGAUGAUUCUUUCCUCACUUCUGUAAAGGAUAGUAUUUAUUAUCCAUUUCAUGCUGCAACUGCAAUCAUAAACCACUUAGAAUCUUUCCUUUCAUUCCAAUUACAAUAUAAAGGCAUCAUGAAAUCAAAAGUAUCAGCUGAACUAUCAGAACUACUCUUCAAUAAUACAAUCAUUGAAGAUUGCAUGAAUGAAUCCAAUUCUAAGACUUGCAAUCGCGAAUUACAAGCUUCAACUGUCGUAAACUAUUUCAAAAAUCUCCCGAAUUUGAAUCUUAGCAUUGCCAGUUCUAAAGAAUGCCAAAAUAUGGUUGAUUGCUCCAAUAAAAAUCACCUCAACUUCAGAUUAAAGGAACCAACAUUUGCAAGGAGUGUCGAUGACAUCAAGAAACUACUUCUCAAGAAGAAGAGACCACUUCUCCUCUCAAUUCCUGAAUUUUUCGCUGAUUAUUACGUUCCAUGCACGGAUAAGAGGGUCAAAGAGAGCAAAGAAUGCAAGAACAAAGAUACAUACUGUCCAUACAAUACAGAUCAGAACUGUGGAGUCAUUUCUACUUCGACAUAUUUGGAAGGUGGAUCAUUCUUUGUCCCAGCACCUCCAGCUUAUGCAAGAACGGGUAAUUCAAUGACUUUUAACUUGAUUGGAUUCAACAACGACUUAAUUACGUCAGGAUAUCCUCAUCAAUUCAAAUCAUUACAACUUUCAAAGGGUGGCUUCAUUGUAAAGUCACUUAAUGGAUCAGGAUAUGGCCAUACUCUCAAUUAUUUACGCGGAAGAAUCUCUCUUGAAGAAGAUCGUCAAUUAUGUGGAGUUUAUUCAGACAUAAACACAUGGAAACCAUGUAAUCAACAUAUAUGCACAGAAGAGAACUACUUACGAGCUCGUAAAAAGCCUCCUUACGUUUCAGAUUAUUAUUAUGCAAUUGUUUCAGAGACAAAGGGCCAAAACCUUUCAAUUUCUCUUGAAGAUGAAUAUGGAUUAACAGAAACAAGGCUAUACCUGAUAGAUAAGAAGUCUUUCGCCGUCAAAACAAAAUUCAUGGAAACAACACAACCGUAUUGGAGACUUUCGGACUACUUAAUGCCAGUUAUUACUCACGAGUUGAAUAAUUCAUGCAGUUACUGGUCUAUUCCUUACGAAUUAGUUGAAAAGGGUAUUAGCAUGGAAGAUGCUUCAGUUGCUACAACAUUGGCUCUCGACCUCCCUGCAAUUUUUGAUUCUCUCCCUAAAUAA